UGAAAACUGAAAAACUGAAAACAAAAUAUUGACUCUCAGUAGAACAAUAACCAAGAGGAUAUAUGCAUUAGUAUUAAACUUGAUAUUGUCGGGAUCUUACAGGGCAGAGAAAACGAUGGCUAUGUCUUGUAGAGGUUGGAGAGGAAAUGUUACUUGGUUAAAGAUCGGUAUAUUUUUGGUAAUUUGUGGAAUCGGAUACAGGUACGUGGUUCACGUGAAUCUCCAUUGUUUUUCACAGUCAAGUCCAGCAUUUGGACGUAAACCUCAAAUGAUUGCUACAAAUACGGUAGAUAUUGAGCUUCAAAAGAUUGCAAAUGACCCUGUGAUUUCCUACCUAAUGGUCAAGAACCUAUAUCUAAAUCACACCAAAAUGGCAAGUAUGACGUCGUGUAACUUAGACGUGCACCUAAUAACAAGUUUUCCGAUGUUAUACACACCGACGACUCUGAAAAAUGGCGGUUUAGACAACGUCAAAUUCCGGAGACAGUUGGAGUAUUUGGAGACACUUUAUAACAAUGUCCAACAUCCCUGCGUUGCAGGAAUACAUAUUUUCGCUGAUAAGGAUCUCCCAAUCUAUCUAAAUCAGCAACGUGUUGUCAACUUUUCUCCUUUAAAACAUAAGCUAAAAUUCAAGGAACUGAGUAGAUCACCAAAUAUGAGCGAACUCUGGACAUACGCUUGGACAAAUUUACCUCAAAGGAUAGUAGCUAUUGCUAAUGCAGAUAUAUUCAUUGGGGGCGGAUUAGAGAAAAUUGAUGGGGACAGAAUGAAAACAAAACAUAUUGCGUUCUCAAUUACAAGACAACCACAUCCAGCAGUUUGGCUUAAUGAUUCGUCCCUAUGUGUUGAGGAUUCACAAAACUUCUGCGACACUUAUAAAGGCUCGCAUGACUUUCAUAUGAUGUACAUGGACAAACCUUUUCCACGAGGUGUCAUCCGAGCACUCGAAUUCCAGAUGAACUCAUUGGGGGCAGAGAACGUGCUGAUCCAUAUGUGGCAAAAGAAGCUGAAUCUGACAGUGUUAAACCCGUGCAAGACUGUCACAAUUGUACACAACCAUUGCUCCGGACAUAGAACGUACAGUGACAAACGCGUUGACAGAAUACACGGAUGGCUGAUCGGACGAGUUAAAGGAUCCGAUAAACUGGACACAAAAUAAACCAAAAUAAAUAUUAAACUUGACAAAAAGCCGCCCCACGUCAUAACCGACGUGUAUGUAUUGCGCACGCCUUAUACUAGUGCAAAGUAUGGUCAGACUGCUGUCAUUUGCCCUAAGGUUCCAAUACACCAUUGGAAAGGUAGGAGUGUCAGCUUUAAGGAUAAGGCCUGGUUUGCUGGUUACAAAGUUGAAAAAUUAGUUCUCAUCACCAAGGGGUAAAAUCAAGAAAUAAAUCAUAAUUUUUGAAAACACGAUUUUUUCCUCAAUGAUUGUAUAUUUCCCACUUUAGGCAGAUAUUUUGAAUUCCCAAAUUCAGAAAUAUAUUUUUCGAUUAGGUUUUAACGGUUUCAAUCAAAUUUCCAUACAAGAACGACUCUUUCUAUGAGACCCGAAUGUGACAAGCAAACGAAACUAUUUGUCUCAAAGGAAAUAAUUAUAUAUUCCAUGAGGGAUGAACCCAAUAUCCAAACCGACCUCUGGAAGUUUCUCUAUUUCUAAUAAACUUUUGAGAUUAUGAUAAUUUGUUUGGUAUUC